CCCAAGACCACCAAAGUGGAGCUCAAGGCCAUUAACAGAUAUAGCAGCCCAGGGAACCUGGCUGUCUUCCUCCAUCUGGCUGUGGUGCUCUUGGCCAUUGGUACAUUCUUCAGCGCCUGCCACGGGGCCGGCCCAACCUGGUUCUUGGUUUAUGAGGUCACCUCCACCAAGCACACUCGUGAUAUCUACAAAGAGCUCCUCAUCUCUUUGGCGGGCUUUGGAGUCCUCUUCUUGCUGCUCUGGGUUGGCAUCUACGUAUGA